CCAAGAGAUUGAUUUGACUUAUAAUCAGUUGAGAUACGUAAUGGUGCCAAGAGGUGUAAGGAUAUUUCUAGCGAUGCGUAACAAACUUUCGCGAGUGACAUUUGCAGGCACCAUUGUUGAAGAGUUAAAUCUUUCCAAAAUCAAUUGGAUAGAAUUCCCGACAUCAGUAGGCAAUCCAAAAUGGUAACACUCGAUCUUUCGUGCAAUGAAAUAAGUGAAGUCAAUUUCGAUGAUUUACCCCGGUCUCUAAGUUACUUGAACUUGGCCAACAACCGUAUUUUUCAAACAUCUGGCGACAGAAUUUUAAGCAGUUUACAAUAUCUUGAUUUGUCCAGCAACAUACUUACUAUUGUUGACAAAUCUUUCAACUCUGUACCAAAUGUUAAAGAACUUUACCUUCAGAAUAACGAGAUUGUAAUGAUCACGACGGAAAAAACAUUUUCCAGCUUAAAAAGCAUCGAUCUUCGUGAAAACGACUGGGAUUGCAAUUCGUUGAAAGUAUUCAUUGAAAGAAACAAUGUAAGAAAACUUCCAGACAACCCUAGCUGUAAGUACGGAAGCCUUGGUACAAAUGGUCUGUGCUGCAUACAAUCAUCAGCACCUUACGCCGAUCGAGUGAUUCGGUACAACAAACGUCAACACGAGGCCCUGCAAAACUCUUCAAUGCAUCAACAACGCGGUCCCAACUGUGCCAACUACAAGCCAAGCCCGUGCGACGGAGACGACAACAAGGUGUACGAGGUUGCCAAUGCGGCCGCCAACGAUGUUCAAUCUUUGGUUGCGCAGGAUAAGGAAGCCCUUCAAGGUAUCCUCAAUCAGCAAAGAUACUUGCUUGAAAACAAACAAAAUGAAAAGGCUCGUAUCGAGAACGAAAACAAUCAACUGCAAACAACGCUGAACGAUUUGACCGGUUACAUUGGAAAGUUGUACCAAGACGAUGGGUUUAAAGUUCCAGCAAAACCGGAUGAGCAGCUAAAACAGAUUUUCACGAAACGUGAUGCCGACAAUAAGGCCACCCUUGAGCAGGUCAUCGAAGAGGAACGGAAGCUGCAAAACCUGCAAGAAGACAUUGCCAAGAUCGAGGAAGAGCUGCAAGAUUUGGAUUAUCGGAAGGAAAGGCUGUUGGGUGACAUCAACGCGCGUAACGCUACGGUAGUUGAGCACGAGAAAAAAAUUAAGGAGUUGCAGGAAAAGAUUGACAAGCGAGGAUAAAUGUACACUUUUCGUGUGUAAGUGAAUCGGAAGCAUACAUAUUUUAAUAAAUUUAAUAUUUUCAUUUCAUGAAUACAG